AUGGACGACUUAAAGGAUUCGCUCACGCAAAUAAUCAAAAGAGAACGCGAGUCUCUAAUCUCCCUCUUACUCGAAAUUCAAAAACGAAAAGUUAAACGAAAAGUUGAACGAGCCGAUUUCCUCUUAAAUUUUCUUAACAAGCUUGAGUGUUUCCACUUCGGUCGGUGCGAUAAUGGAGGACCUAUACUGCUUAGGAGAUGGAUCAAUGCCUUGGAGAAUGGAGAUUAUGUUGCGUUAUCCUACACAUGGAGUCCAUCGGAUGAUGAGGGCAAUACAAGCGGUCGCUACUACGUUGAGAAUAGGUCCAAGAAAGUAGCCUUUCCAUCCCCAGUUAGAGAUUCUAUCUUCCAACGGAUCGCCAAAUACAUGCGCCACGAAAAAGUGGAUCUGCUUUGGAUAGAUCGACACAGUAUUCCCCAGAAGCCUCAGGAAGGGCAUGCGUCCUACAGACAAAAAACGGCAGGCAUUCAGUCCAUGGACUGGGUCUACAGACUCAGUAAUCACCCAGUCGCGCUUCUUGGGCGAUCCCUAAGCACAAAACACGAAAUGUGUUUGUUACAUGGCGUCCUCACUGGAAAGUACAUUCGCCUUAUCGAACAAGAAGCUUCUUUCGAGCUUUCAGUAAAUUGUCACUUAGAAGCAAGUCAAGCUUUAAAACUACUAUACGACAUAACGAAUGAUCUUUGGUGGCAGCGUGCUUGGACAUUUCAGGAGAACUACAAGGGCGGCGAAGCGAUGAAACUAUUGAUCUCGCACUUGCGCUCUUGGGAACCAUUGAAACGACAAUACGUUGUCUUCGGCGAUAUCCCUGGCGAAUUGUGUAUCGAGUCAUCGAAUUUUUCUCGUCAGAUCACACGAUUUUGUCUUGCAUUUCGACGUAAUGGUCUGUCCACAAGCAAAAGAAGAAGAAUCAACUCUAUUCUGAGCAGAGCUGGAAGAUACACCAUACUUCUUGAUGAGACACAAACUUUGACCGCUGCGAUUGUCGCUGAUGUCUUAGCGCGAGAUGUCAAAGAGCCCUGUGAUCGGCUGCCUAUAAUUGCCAAUUGCUGCGAGUACCCCGUCCGCUUAGACACGCAGAAGUUGUUACAAAACAAGCAUAGUCUGAGUCUAUCUAUACUGACAACUUGCCUGCUAAAUGGGGAAAUCCUGCGCAACGGCCCACUCGAAGAAUAUUCGUCUGACACAACGAUUUCUGGGUUCUUGAAACGUCAUUUGCUGAGCAGAAGCUGCCCGACCCAAAUCGGACGAACCCUUGCAUUUAAUCAAGGUUCUAGAUUCAAUACAGUGAAGCUCACAGAGGCGGGCAUCACAACUAUGGGGCACUUAUGGGAAGUUGACAGUGCAAUACAGACGGCCGGACUUGGUCCAGAAGCCCCAACGCGAACCCACAAUCGCGGAGAUAUAGGACUGAAUGAGUAUCGGUGCCUCACUCAGCUAUGUGACGAAUUGCAAGCUCGCUCUGAAAAUGCAAUUGCAAAAGAGCUAAGACGCUACCUACAGUUGGACUCGAAAGGCAAAAGGCCUUUCCAGAUCGGCGAGGAUUACAUGAUUCUGAUGGCGGCGGAGGUAGCUGCCGCCAUUGGCGACGGAAAGGCAAUCAGGCUGGGAAGGAUCUGGGAUCCCAAGGGGCACUCCUACCCCUGCACAGCAUUGUUUGUAUGGGAUGAAGAUGAUCUCAAGCCUCAACAGCAUGAGUCAGCUUUUGUCUUCACGUCUUUACAACCAAAAUUUUUGAGUUUUAACAACUAUGAUGCCAGCGAUGUUCAUCGCCAUGUUUCACUUGAAGUGAAUAUACGACAGGAACAGGAAAGCACAGGCACAACAGUAAAUACUCCGCAUUUGUACGUUCAACGGGCAGUUUUUGGGAUGUGUUUUUUUUCAGGCGUACCCAAGGUGGAAGUUAUGUUCCCAUGGCCGUCAAAUUUCAAGCACAUAGGUCAGUGA